GUUUGAAGGCUCUCGUGUCCAGUACGUGUCGGACGCCUCCAUGAAGAUCGUGUUCAGCUACUGUCAGCCCUCUGUGGUCGUCUCCUAUGACACGGUGCAGGGAACACACUCGGUCUGGGCCCUGCGCAGAGUCACACAGGAUGAGCGCUCUACAGUCCUGCGGUGCUCGGUGGAUCCGGUCGGCACCCCGUUGGGUCUGAUGGCGUCGGGCUUGCUGUCCUCCCACCUCCGAAAUAUCUCCCGCCUGGACUCCCCCGGUGGCAGCGGGGCAACCGGAACAAGUUGUGUCGUCUCUGCCGGCUCUCCUCUGCACUACGGCGCUCUGCACAGCCACCAGAGCCGCAUCAUGACGUCUUCUCCGGGGUUGCACUCCCGCGCUCACUCCCCGAGUAUUUCCAACAUGGCCGCCCUCAGUCGGGCCCACUCUCCUGGCAUGGCGGCCCCGUCCUUCUCUGGAGCUUCUCGCUUCAACACGUCUCUUCACAGCCCGUCCCACCACCAGCAGCACCACCACGGCCUGCUGCCGUCUCCCAACACCACGGUCAACGACAGCGCGGUGGCUCCGGAGGUGGAGCCCAUCGUACCCGACCUCUGCAUGGAGCAGCUGUGGAGCGAGACGGUGGCGGCCGGCUGCCACAGGGAGAUGAGCAGCCAGGCGUCCAAAGUGUUUCUGACCUCUGACCUCUGUGAGAACCGCUACCUCUGCUUCCUGGUGGAGUCUCACCAACAGCUCCGAUGUGUGAAGUUCAUUGAGAGCAACAACACGUCUCAGCUCAUCUUCACUUCGGUCACAACCGUCGCUGCCAAAGACGCAGAACCUCUGCAGAAUAUCGACGCCAUGCUGGUUCUGGAGGCCUGUGGCAGUCUGGUUCUCUACACGGGAAUCACCAGGGUCAGUAAGGUGUUCGUCCCCGGCCUCCUGUCGCCCACCUUCAGCCUGACCAACCACCUGUCUCACCUCAGCAGAGCGGCGGAGAAAGUUAGCACACCGGCUAACGCUGGCAGCAGACACCUGCAGAGACUGGACGAGGCCGCGAUGCCUUCACCGGUGUCGGAGCUCAGGGGGCCGAACCUGAAGCACCACGAAGGUUCGUUUCUGGAGGAUUACACCUUCCAACAUGCCACCACGCCGUACAUCCAUGCGUUGAGGGACCCCGUCUGCAACCGGGUGACUCUGGAACUAAGUUGUGGAAGAAUGCUGAGGAUCUCCAUCCCAGAGAUCGCUACCUCAGAGCUGGUUAGGAAAUGCCUUCAGGCCGUUCGCUUCAUUCUGCCAAAGGAAGCUGCCAUGAAGGUUCUGGUGAAGUGGUACAACAUCUACAACGCCCCCGGAGGUCCCAGCUCCCACGCAGAGUGGAACCUGUUCGUCACCUGCUUCAUGACGCUGAUGGGCUACAACACCGAGCGCCUGGCGUGGACGCGCAACCUGCACUUUGAGGUGCCUCUCUCUCCGGUGAUUGCAGCGAAGAAGGCUCGUCCCUCUGACGGAGGGUCUGAAGAGGACCUGGACUACUUGUUGGGGUCUCAUUACCACCAACAGAUGAACUCUCAGCCCGUCUGCUCCAACAGCCCUCUCCCCACAGAGACCCCCACAGGCCAGUCCUCCCUGGACAGUGCGGCUCCUCUCUUCCCUCACGUCCCGGCUCUGUUCUACGUCCUCCACCUGCUCUAUCAGGAGCUGCAGCUGGAUGAGCUGCAGAGAGCCAGAGCCUCGUCACUGGUCUGUCUGCUGCAGCAGCUGGCCAG